CAGUGUUCUGCCAGCAGGAGCGUCACAUGGACAAGUGAAGGAACAACUGCAGUAAACAUUGGACCUUAGAGCCCCAAACUGUGCAGCAAACUGGGUGAAAACCGCCUUUUGAAGGAUAUUAUUUAACCGAGAAUCACUGACAAGACUGCUGAUUCUCUACUCUGUACAUACUGAAACCAUCAACCUCACAAUGUCAGCGGAAAGCCAGCUCAACGUCGACACUGCAGACGACAACAAACUGGUGAAACCAAAGCUAGAGUUCCAGACGUUGCUGCAACACGCUGGAGCCACUAAAGACACUUUCACCAUGAAGGAGGUGAUGUUCUACCUGGGUCAGUACAUCAUCCAGAAGCAGCUGUACGACCAGAAGCAGCAGCACAUCGUCCACUGCUCCCAGGAUGCACUGGGGCGAGUGCUGGGGGUCGACAGCUUCUCUGUUAAAGAGCCACGAGUUCUCUUCGCUAUGAUCACCAAGAACCUCGUGGCGAUAAAAAGCCAAGAUUCACCACCGAGCCCCAUUGAACCCCAAAGUGAGACUCAGACAGACAAAGGGGCCGAGGAGGCAGACUCAGAAAGCCGCUCUUCAUCACCAGAAGGGCAAGGAAGACGAAGAAGGAGAAGGAGGAGCAGCGGCAGAAGCAGCGAUGCCGGACCCUCACACAGCACAGAGGGUGGUGAAGCUGAGAAAGAGGAGGAGGAGGAGGAGGAGUCAGGGGAGGAAGAUAAUGAAGAAGGAGGGAGGAAGAGGAUGAGGUCUGACAGCUACUCCCUGACGUUUGAUGAGAGUCUGUCGUGGUGUGUGAUUGGAGGAUUGGUGAAGGACAGACACAGCAGCCAAUCGUCAGACUCACACAGCACCUCUGGCAGGUCAGAGAUCACGGUUGCCGCCUCAGACUCGGAGAGCGACAACUUCAGCGUGGAGUUCGAGGUCGAAUCCGUCGACUCGGACGACUACAACGAAGACGAAGCUUCUCUGAUAUCAGCAGACGACCAGGUAUACGAGGUCACCAUAUUUGAGGCGGACGAUAACGACUCGUUCGAUGAAGACACAGAGAUCACUGAAGCUGAUUACUGGCGCUGUGUGAAGUGUGACGAGUUGAACCCACCUCUGCCCGGAAAAUGUCUUCGCUGCUGGACGCUGCGUCAGGAUUGGCUGUCUGAAGCGUCACUCCCCCCAAAGCCCGCCUCCUCCAGUCCCAAAGACCUGCCCACAAAGCCAACCGACCAAUCAGCAGCCAGAGAGACUCCAGGUUCAGAUGGCGAGGAGAACGAAGGAGUGGACGUCCCCGAUGGGAAAAGAUCAAAAGAGACGCCUCUUUUGUCUCAGUGCUUCUCCGACUCUUCAGCCCCAAACUCUGAGGAGCUCCUCUCUUCCUCCCAGCCGUCCUCUUCCUCGCAGCAGAACACUCCUGACUACCAGCCUUCUUCGUCCUCCAUCGACUCCCAGGAGCUCCUCCCAUCUUCCCUCAACACUCCUCGUCCUCCUGCUGGAGUCCCUGAUCUGGAGCGCAGUGUUUCUGCAGAAUGGCGUCUUCCCGACUCCUGUCUGGAUCCGUGUCUCAUUUGUCAGUCGCGUCCGAAGAACGGCUGCAUCGUUCACGGAAACACGGGACACCUGAUGUCCUGCUACGUGUGCGCCAGGAAGCUGAAGAAAAGGAACAAGCUGUGUCCCGUGUGCAGGCUGCCCAUCCAGUCCGUCGUCUUCACCUACAUCAGUUAAAUCAUCCCAGAAUAACAUCCAGCAUCUCCCGGGUUCCUUCCAUCUCAACCAUUAGGAUGCGUAAAGGUUUUGUUCAGCAGGAUAGACACUACAAAGGAACUACAGCACAUGACUCAACAUCCCCAAUGCUAAGCUAAAGGCGGCUAAUCUUUUCUUUCAAACGCAUUUAAAAAAACACCCAGACGAGCGAACAGGAAGUUGAAGAAAUGCUCAUUCCUGCACCACUCCAUAAUUAGCAAAUUUCAGUUGACUUGCGUCUGUUCGUGCGCACUCUCUCUCGCUUUAGGUGUCUGACAAUCUAUUCAGGAAGCUGGAAUUAUUUAAUUUUUGUCAAUAACCGCCUAAAAAAGAGACCAAAAUCUAAAACAUUUGUCAAUUUCUGGUAUUUUUUCACUUCCUGUUUCUGUGUGAGACGCAUUGUUUCCCGCUCAUGACAGAAAUGUGUCAUUUUUGACCUGUUUUUGUUACUAAUGAUGUUCUUAUCAUUGAGAAAGUUCCUCGAAGUUCUUCGAAGUCUGAAGUAUUCAAAUAGUUCAAUUUAUAGUGAUUAUAAAACAGAAAAACACUUUUAUUUAAUGGAAGAAAAUGUGGUAUUUACUAAAGAAGGGAAAAAGUGCAUAUUUUUGGAUAUAAACAAUCUUAUGUUGAGCAUCAAUGCACUCUCAGUUUUGGUCUUUUUUUUAAAUGGGAAAUUGACAAAAAAUGAUGCUUAAACCUAAAUGUCAAUUAAAUUAUCUUUCGUUUUGAAGCAGUUUUUCUUCCCCUGGUGUCUUCUUCUGAAAUGUCUCACGUUAAAAAAAGGACAUAAGGAACACUCCUGAACUGUUGUAAUGUUAUAAUAUACAUUUCUGUGUCAAGUCUUGCUUCACUAAAUGCAUCAUUUAUUUACAACGGAGUAAAUAUACCUUGUAAAAACUCAAAUAAGUGUCAGAUUGUUUCUUAAAAAAAACUCGUACUGUUUUUAUUUAAUAGAUUUCCCCGAUAAAAAACUAACUUUGAUUCUAAUUCAAAGGAAAAAUAGACAUUUCCUUUAUGGAUAAUUCUGUAAAAACUCUAUUUUAUCAUACAUUUUUUAUUGCAACAUCUUCAACACAGAAAACAAUCCAGGUUGCACAACGUUUUGGAUUCAUUCAAGCAUCCUUAUUUGAUCAGGAGCUCUUUUUAAGUUAGAUAUCAGAUCAGGUUUUGCAUCGUUGAUUCUCACCGGAGAUACUUCAAGGUAAGAAGUGUUCAAAAAACUCUCGUGAGGAGGUUUCCAACGUUGGACUAUAAUCUUUUGAGCUUCAGUCAAGCCAGAUUUUUGGGAGUUUUCCGCGUAAGAGAAAGGUGAGAUUCAUCAUUUAGAAGAUCUUUAAUAAACUUCCCCCAAAAGUGUAA